GGACGUGCCCCCGGAUUUGAUUGGGCAGCACCAGGCCAACGCCUUCUGACGGCUCGUCAAACACAAACUUGCCACAACCGAUAGGAUUUUAUCAACGUCACUGGAAGGAUUCUCGCAUGGUCUCAUCAGACUGCCAGCAGUGAGUGAUAUAAAGCCGACCACCGGUUCACCGGCGCUUGUAGAAAUUGAUCACCACGGAUACGAACAGAAAGGAUGUCCACCGCGUCUUACUCAGAGAGGAUCACGAUGGAGCCCCUGGUCGCAGCUAUCGAUCAAGGCACAAGCUCGACGAGGUUUCUGGUGUUCAAUUCUAAAACGGCAGAGCUGCUUAGUCACCACCAGGUUGGGAUAAAGCAGAGUUUCCCUAAAGAGGGCUGGGUAGAAGAGGACCCUAAGGAGAUUCUUCAGUCAGUUUAUGAGUGUAUGGAGAGGACCUGUGAGAAGCUCGGCCAGCUCAACAUAGACAUCUCCAACAUUAAAGCUGUCGGAGUGACCAAUCAGAGAGAGACUACGCUGGUUUGGGACAAAGAGACGGGGGAACCGCUCUACAAUGCCAUUGUUUGGCUGGACCUUCGUACACAGUCCACAGUGGAGAGGCUGAUCAACAGCACCCCGGGAAAGAACAAGAACCAUCUGAAGCACAAGACCGGUCUGCCCAUCAGUACAUACUUCAGUGCUGUGAAGCUGCGUUGGCUCAUGGACAACGUGGAGGAGGUCGCUGAGGCUGUCAUGACACACAGAGCCAUGUUCGGCACUGUCGACUCCUGGCUUAUCUGGUGUCUGACAGGGGGAAAGAGUGGCGGGGUGCACGUCACAGAUGUGACCAACGCAAGUCGCACCAUGCUCUUCAAUAUACACACCCUGGACUGGGACCCCGAGCUCUGCAAAUAUUUUGAUGUCCCAAUGGAAAUUCUACCCCAAGUGAAGAGCUCCUCAGAAAUAUACGGUUCAGUGAACUCUGGUUCUCUGGCAGGAGUUCCCAUCUCCGGGUGUCUCGGGGACCAGUCCGCUGCUCUGGUUGGUCAGAUGUGCUUCCAGGAUGGACAGGCUAAAAACACGUACGGAACUGGCUGCUUCCUGCUGAGAAACACAGGGAUCAAGCCAGUGAUGUCAGAUCACGGCCUCCUGACCACACUGGCCUUCAAACUGGGGAAGGACUCACCAGCCUACUACGCUCUCGAGGGGUCGGUGGCUAUAGCUGGGGCGGUGGUACGCUGGCUGAAAGAUAACCUGGGAAUCAUCCAGUCCUCCGCAGAGAUCGAGAAGCUGGCAGGUGAUGUGGGCUCGUCCUAUGGAUGUUACUUUGUUCCUGCCUUCUCCGGGCUGUACGCCCCCUACUGGGAGCCCAGUGCACGAGGUAUCAUCUGUGGCCUGACUCAGUUCACUAACAGAUCUCACCUGGCCUUCGCUGCGCUGGAGGCCGUCUGUUUUCAAACUAGAGAGAUCCUGGAGGCCAUGAAUCAGGAUUAUGGGGUUCCUUUGAGCCAGCUCCAGGUGGAUGGAGGCAUGACCUCCAACAGACUAUUGAUGCAGCUCCAAGCUGAUGUACUCUGCAUCCCUGUGGUGAAGCCGUCCAUGUCCGAGACCACGGCGCUGGGUGCAGCCAUGGCGGCAGGAGCAGCAGAGGGGGUCGGUGUCUGGAGUCUGACCCCUGGUAACCUGACAACCAUCCCCACUGACACAUACCAACCUCUGAUUAAUCCUGAGGAGAGUGAGUUCCGGUACGCACGCUGGAAGAAGGCCGUCCAGAAGGCCAUGAAUUGGGAGACCACGGAGCCAAUCACCAAUGGGAACGGUGCAAUCACCAAUGGGAACGGUGCAAUCACCAAUGGGAACGGUGCAAUCACCAAUGGGAACGGUGCAAUCACCAAUGGGAACGGUGCAAUCACCAAUGGGAACGGUGCAAUCACCAAUGGGAACGGACACCCCUAGUAGGAUCUGAGCCAUCACUAGGAACCAUUGAGGAUACAUAUGGAGUUGAAGAGAGGGGGACAUAUAGAAUGUAACACCGAUCCCUCCAUAGGGCCACAUAGCACCUACAUCUGAUGGCUGUUUGGGCAUGCUGUGGACUCCCUUCUCCCUGAGAGCAUUCCUAGUCCACAUCUUGUUGCCUCCUGUACAUGCACUCAGACCCGUUCUCUUAGUCCCAUGGACAAGGACCCUGGACCUGUGAACCUUGAUCUUGGAAGAAAGGCCCACAUAUCAAAAGAUGGAAUCAAUUAAUGGAACUCUACUUGUGUGACUGAACUGUGAUGGAAGAGACUGAUUCUCUUGUAGAAGGGGAAAAACCCCAAUCCCUAUCAUGUCUGGCUUUUUAUUAAUUUAUUAAGCAGCUGAUAUUUUAAUAUUUUCAUCUUUUUUGUUUGUCAUAUGUUGUGCUUGGUCAUUUUAACAAAUGGUGACUCCUGUACAUUUAAAAAAAAAAAAAAGACUAAUUAAUUACACUGGUUAGUAAUAACGCCACCAUUAAACCAGUGUUGUGAGAAUGUUGUAGGCUACAUGUCUAUAAUGUGGAAUGGAAGGCCUGCUGAGAGAUGGUUUGCUACUCUGACGAUGGUAGAUGUACCUAGUUAUAUGGUGGGUCCACUUGUAGACUCUGAUCGUAGAUGUACCUAGUUAUAUGGUGGGUCCACUUGUAGACUCUGAUCGUAGAUGUACCUAGUUAUAUGGUGGGUCCACUUGUAGACUCUGAUCGUAGAUGUACCUAGUUAUAUGGUGGGUCCACUUGUAGACUCUGAUCGUAGAUGUACCUAGCUAUAUGGUGGGUCCACUUGUAGACUCUGAUCGUAGAUGUACCUAGCUAUAUGGUGGGUCCACUUGUAGACUCUGAUCGUAGAUGUACCUAGCUAUAUGGUGGGUCCACUUGUAGACUCUGAUCGUAGAUGUACCUAGCUAUAUGGUGGGUCCACUUGUAGACUCUGAUCGUAGAUGUACCUAGCUAUAUGGUGGGUCCACUUGUAGACUCUGAUUGUAGAUGUACCUAGCUAUAUGGUGGGUCCACUUGUAGACUCUGAUCGUAGAUGUACCUAGUUAUAUGGUGGGUCCACUUGUAGACUCUGAUUGUAGAUGUACCUAGUUAUAUGGUGGGUCCACUUGUAGACUCUGAUCGUAGAUGUACCUAGUUAUAUGGUGGGUCCACUUGUAGACUCUGAUUGUAGAUGUACCUAGUUAUAUGGUGGGUCCACUUGUAGACUCUGAUCGUAGAUGUACCUAGUUAUAUGGUGGGUCCACUUGUAGACUCUGAUCGUAGAUGUACCUAGCUAUAUGGUGGGUCCACUUGUAGACUCUGAUUGUAGAUGUACCUAGUUAUAUGGUGGGUCCACUUGUAGACUCUGAUCGUAGAUGUACCUAGCUAUAUGGUGGGUCCACUUGUAGACUCUGAUUGUAGAUGUACCUAGCUAUAUGGUGGGUCCACUUGUAGACUCUGAUCGUAGAUGUACCUAGCUAUAUGGUGGGUCCACUUGUAGACUCUGAUUGUAGAUGUACCUAGUUAUAUGGUGGGUCCACUUGUAGACUCUGAUCGUAGAUGUACCUAGCUAUAUGGUGGGUCCACUUGUAGACUCUGAUUGUAGAUGUACCUAGUUAUAUGGUGGGUCCACUUGUAGACUCUGAUCGUAGAUGUACCUAGUUAUAUGGUGGGUCCACUUGUAGACUCUGAUCGUAGAUGUACCUAGCUAUAUGGUGGGUCCACUUGUAGACUCUGAUCGUAGAUGUACCUAGCUAUAUGGUGGGUCCACUUGUAGACUCUGAUCGUAGAUGUACCUAGUUAUAUGGUGGGUCCACUUGAAGGAACCUCGGUAUGAAAAGCAUCGCAGGGUCCUUACAGCACUUUAUAAUUAUAGAUUUGCGUGUGGAGUGCAUGAUAUGAGUACGAUGCUCUGGUUUUUAAAGGGACAUUUUUGUGUAUUUAAUUUUUAAUUUUUUUAUUAAAUAACGAUAAAGCUUUUUGAAAGGGAUCAUCAGUGGAUAAUGAAAGGUCUGUGAAACACAUUUUCUUCUUAAGUUGUAAGUGGAAGUUUUAACUGUACAAUACGCUUCAUAAGACCUGUUUUUCAGUCGUUGAGGACAAGUUAUAUUACUUCCUAAUCAUUAUUGGUCAUGAAUUGUCUUGUCCUUACUGCACUUUAGAAUGAUUGAUUUGCAUGUGGAGGUCAUGGUACAAUGCACUAAUGUAAAUGUUUUUUUUUGGUUGUUUUAAUGCUUGUUUUGCAAGAGAUUUAUCAAUUGAUAAUGAAUAGGGGAUCAAUGUAAAGACAAGAAAUAACCUAAAAGUGACAGAGGAAUCUAAAUGUUAACUGUACAAGAUGGUUAUUUAAUUUACUGAGAAAUGUCAACCUGUUAAAUGUUUACAGGUCAGACUGUUGUAAAGAGGAAAGGAAUCUGUCCAAUGUGCUUCAUCUCUCAAACGGCUGCUUUUCAGACAUUUGAUACGGAGAAAGAAGCAUGGUAUUGGACCUCGUUAUGUAUAAUGAUCGUGUUCUUGAACUAAUGUAACGUAUGUAAAAUCUAAUAUGAAAUCUAAAGCCCUCAUUCUGGGUAUGGAAAGAAAAGGAACACUUAUCUAAGUUGUUUUAAACUCCCAGAUUUAAUUUGUAUUUUAUUUUUUUUUGUCAUGAUUUAAUGUUUUAUUAGAAUUUUUUUUUUUCCCUUGUUUUUGUCUUUUCUUGCAAAAUGGGUUUGGGUGCCUCCAUUCUGUUGUGCAAAGAUGAAUGUGACGAUGCACAUUGCAAUAAAGUUUUACUUUUAAAAA